AUGAAUUUUUUCGGGAGCCUUUUCUCUGAUGAUCAUGGUAGCAACUUGGGCAAUGGAGACAGUAGGCAGGGUAUCGGUGGUGCUACUUUAAAUGGCCAGGGAGAAACGUGGGGGAAGCAAAUACUCCUGUACAAGGAAGCCAACAGAAUCGACCUACUGAAGAAAAACGAAUUCGACAAGAGCAUUCUCAAAUGGAUCUCCGAUUUGUGCCUCCAGAAUAGCACCUUCUUUAGCAACAAAGUGUUGUUAGAACUCGGUGCAGGAAGUGGACUAGCCAGUAUUUCGCUUUUCACGCAUGCGAACAUUUUCUCAACGGAACUAAUCAAGGAGUGA